GGGCCCGCGGAGGCUGCACAGGGAUCGUGGAAGGGGUGGAGCCGGGAUCUCGCCACGGCCUAGAGGAGCCGGAAGCGCCAAUUGAGUGCGGGCCGAGGACGCUUACCUGUUGAGCCUGUUGCACACAGGUGGAGGCGGCGGCCCGAGUCCAGGAGGUCCAGUGGGCAGCUCCCCAGGGCCUGAGUCCAGCUCUAGCCAUCAGAUGGGAACGCAGGGGUGGAAGGGCCGGCCUGACUUCAUCCUUCUCCCCAGCCAGGCGGCUGCCUGGACACCCAGAACGUGGAAUCCAGAGAGAAGAAGCCAAAACCUCCCAGGGGGGCUAGCCCAGCUUUUCCCUAGGCUGCCUGAGUGACCUUGGGGAGGACACCCUAGUACCAAGUGUCCUCAGUUGCAAAACAUUGUCUGACCCUUGCCCUGCCUGCCCUGAGACUGGACAGGUCAGAUGCUGUGGCUGCUGGGGGGCUGGGGGUGGCGCUUUCCCUCCACCAGGACAGCAGGAGCGCUUACCCUCCCCGGCCGUCUGGUGCUUCGUGGAGAGCCCCACCCUUCCUCCACCCAGAUCUGGGAACCUACGAGGGCUGAGAGCUCAGACCCAGGGCAGCUUGUUCUGGCAUCCCUGGGUGGAGUUGUGGGCUAGUCUGGAGGAAGGCCUGUGGAUGUCCCCAGAGUGGGGUCUGAGGCUUGGCCAAGGCACCCCUUGAGGCCUGCCUGGAGCCCACCUGCUCAUUUUGCAAAUAGGAAGGCUACCAUUGUGCAGGGCCUUGAUUGUCAAGUUCAGAAGUCUAAACUCUGAACUGCAGGCAGGUGCAGUGCAUCGGAGCCUGAUCUGCAGUGUUCUCAGGACCAGCCUGGGUAAGUGGGGCCGUCAUGAUGCCAAAAAAUGUGCUACUGCUGAUAGGUGACAGGUAUGGGCACUUAUUGCAUUCUGGUGCUUCAUGCAAAUUAUCUCAUUGCUCACACCUGAUGUUAUCCCCAUUUCAGAGGCUGAAACUGAGGCUCAGAGCAAUAAAGUGACUCAUCCAGGAUCACAGCUAAUGUGGAGAUCGGCCCUCGGAGAAGCGAGGUGGCUGCCCAGGGGUCCCGAGGCAGGUCGGCGGGCGCGUCCGAGGCGUGACGCAAAGCAGCAGCCAUGAACUACGUGGGGCAGCUGGCGGAGACGGUGCUCGGGACGGUGAAGGGCCUGUACCGCGGCCUGAACCCGGCCACGCUGAGCGGCGGCAUCGACGUGCUGGUGGUGCGGCAGGCGGACGGCUCGUUCCGGUGCUCGCCCUUCCACGUGCGCUUCGGCAAGCUGGGCGUGCUGCGCUCUCGGGAGAAGGUGGUGGACAUCGAGAUCAAUGGGGAGCCUGUGGACUUGCACAUGAAGCUGGGGGACAGCGGGGAGGCCUUCUUUGUCCAGGAGCUGGAGAGCGAUGAGGAACGCGUGCCUCCCCGCCUAUGCACCUCCCCCAUCCCAUGGGGGGGCCUGUCGGGCUUCCCCUCGGACUCCCAGCAGGGCACAGCCAGCAAGCCUGAGGGCCCCGUCAUCGUGGGCACGGCCUCCACGGGGCGGAGGAAGAGGCGUCGGAGGAGGAAACCCAGGCGGAAGGAGGAUGCGGUGGCAACUGAUUCUAGUUCAGAGGAACUGGAGACAGGCCCUGAGAGCGAGCUGUCCCUGCUGGAGAAGCCAAGGCCAGAGUCCCCAGGUGUCCAGUUGGAAGGGGAGUCCUCACCACAGCCCAAAGACAUCUACCCCUACUCCGAUGGCGACUGCUCCCCCGAGGCCAGCCUCUCUGCAGGUGAGCUCACAUCCCCUAAGAGCGACUCGGAGCUGGAGCUGCGGGCCCCGGAGCCCAGUCCCCUGAAAGCGGAGUCCCACAUGCAGUGGGCCUGGGGGAGGCUGCCCAAGGUGGCCAAAGCUGAGCACCCCGAGUCCUCGAUGGUCCCUGAAGGCAGCGUGGGGGCAACCUCUCCUCGUCAGCGAGGACCCAGCACACCCUCCACCUCUGUGGCUGGCAUGGACCCUUCGGGCCCCCCAGGCCUGGUAACAGGGGCUGGCGCUGACCUGCUUCAGUCUGACACAGAGGAUCCUGCUCUGGUGGGUCCCCCUCUCCACACCCCGGAGAGCGAGGAAGCCAAGACUCAGAGCUGCAGGGAUGCAGACGGCCCUCCUGCCUCCAAGUCAUGGAGCUGGGCCACCCUGGAGGGCCCAGUUCCCAGCAGGCAGCCAGAGGGGGCCUCCGGGGGCCCAGGCUCCCUGAAGAGAAGCCAGCACCUGGGCCCCAGUGACAUCUACCUGGACGACUUGCCCUCCCUGGACUCUGAGAAUGCAGCACUUUACUUCCCCCAGAGGUGCCCGGGUUCUGGGUGCCAGAGCGUUUUGGGUCAGGGCCUCUGGGGCCAAGGGUCCACUAUCAAGGGCCUGGGAGGAGGCGGACCCACCUCCCACCCUCCUUGUGUUCAUGUCACUGUUGGCUCCUUUGUCCCCAGUGACUGUGGGCUGGGGGCCAGAAGGUGGAGUGAACCCAGCACCCAGAAGCCCCUGGGGGACCCCAACCCCAAACACGUGCCAGAACCCCCUCUGGACACAGUGGACACCAUAGCACUGUCCCUCUGUGGUGGACUGGCCGACAGCCGGGACAUCUCCCUGGAGAAGUUCAACCAGCACAUCGUCUCCUACCAGGACCUCACCAAAAACCCCAGUCUCCUGGAGGACCCGAACCUAGUGGUGAAAAUCAACGGGAAGCAUUAUAACUGGGCUGUGGCCGCUCCCAUGAUCCUCUCCCUGCAAGCCUUCCAGAAAAACUUGCCCAAGAGCACCGUGGACAAGCUGGAGAAGGAGAAGAUGCCCCGGAAGGGUGGGCGAUGGUGGUUUUCCUGGCGACGCAGGGACUUCCCGGCUGAGGAGCGUGGUGCUCAGAGGGAGAAAACCACCGCCAGGGAGCAGCAAGGGGAGAAGACCGAAGUCCUGAGCAGCGAUGACGACGGCCCAGACAGCCCUGUGAUCCUCGAGGCCCCCUCCCCGCCACCCUCAACGCCAGCCUACACUCCUGCCUACAAGAAGUCCCUCCGCCUCUCCUCUGAUCAGAUCCGGUGCCUGAACCUGCAAGAAGGUGCCAAUGAUGUGGUCUUCAGUGUGACCACCCAAUACCAGGGCACCUGCCGCUGCAAGGCCACCAUCUACCUGUGGAAAUGGGACGACAAGGUGGUCAUCUCUGACAUCGAUGGCACCAUCACCAAGUCAGAUGCUCUGGGCCACAUUCUGCCCCAGCUGGGGAAAGACUGGACACACCAGGGCAUCACCAGUCUCUACCACAAAAUCCACCUAAACGGGUACAAGUUCCUUUACUGCUCAGCCCGGGCCAUCGGCAUGGCCGACCUCACCAAGGGGUACCUGCAGUGGGUGAGCGAGGGGGGCUGUGGCCUCCCCAAGGGCCCCAUCCUGCUGUCUCCCACCAGCCUCUUCUCCGCCCUCCACAGAGAAGUGAUUGAGAAGAAGCCGGAGGUGUUCAAGAUUGCCUGCCUGAGUGACAUCCAGCAGCUGUUUCUGCCCCACAGACAGCCCUUCCACGCCGCCUUCGGGAACAGGCCUAAUGAUGUCUUUGCCUACCGGCAGGUGGGCCUACCCAACUCUCGCAUCUUCACGGUCAACCCCCGGGGAGAGCUCAUCCAGGAGCUCAUGAAGAACCACAAAUCCACGUACGAGCGGCUUGGGGAGGUGGUCGAGCUCCUCUUCCCUCCUGUGGCCCGAGGCCCAAGCGCAGACCUGGCCAACCCUGAAUACAGCAACUUCUGCUACUGGCGGGAGCCGCUGCCCACUGUGGACUUCGACACGCUGGCCUGAACCCGUCCUGGCUGCCCCCUCCUCCCUGGCCUGGCCCAGGACUGACGGGGUGUCCUGGGGCGCAGGGAGUUGGAAGCUGGGUGCAGGGGGACAGCCCACUGAAGGGGAGGAAGGGGCUGCAGGUUGAUGGGUAGCCACAGACCUUUCAUCCUCCCUGUCCUGUCUCCUAUCUCUGACAGCUGAGCUGCAGCUACUCCAGGGCCUCAGUGUGGCCUUGGCCUGGAGUGAUGACAUGUUUGUCAUCUGGGCCCUUUCAGGGUUUUCCAUGCUCUUGAUAGCUCUGUCCCUGUCAACCUGGGACCCUGCCUCAACUCCUGAUGGGACAGAGAGGACAGGGAGGCCUGACUGAGGCAUGAAGCCCGUAUGCACAGGGCAGUGUUGGUGGUGGCAGCGGGGGUAGCUGAGUAGCGUCUAGAGAGAACACAGUGCUCCCCUGCUCCUCUGCUGGGAGCCAGGCUGCACCCCACCCCCCACGAAGCCAGACAUCUCUGCGGGAGCAUCUGCUCGCUGGGGCCCUGGCAUCUCAGCACAUGAUACGCACGCACGGCUGGGUGCCCCCCGGCCCCUGCCAGCAUCAGGGAAGGGGGAUUCAGGGCCAAGUGAGGGCUGAAGGAAUGUGGCUCUGCUCAGCUUAGCCCUCAUCCCAGCACCUCCCCUGCGGCCUGGGCCCUAAACUCGGCCUCCUCCAGCCUCGGCUGGUCCACUCGGUGUUCACAGCUGCUGCCUGAGCUCUUGCCUGAGGAGCUGCGGGCAGUGGGCUCACGCCCCUGCGGCCCUCCCUCCCACUGCCUUUGGUGAAGAAGGUUCCUUUACACUGGCUGAAAGCUUUAAUCCACAGCCUGCCCUCCUCCAGCAGCACCACAUGGAGGGCAGAAUACCCAAUGUCCAGAAAGCAGAAGGCAGGGCUGUGGGCCCUACAGACCAGCACCGCAGGGCCCAUGCUGCCGUGGGGGAAACUGAGGCUGGGAGCCCCAGCAGUGUUGGGCAUCAGAGUCUCUGGGAGCUGCGCAGGCCUGAGGAACACUUGCGUUUUCAAGUUUUCCCUUGAUUUCAUACCUGAAUUUCUAACCUUUCGUGAACAUCCUGGCAGGGCUGGGGUUUUGCCAGAGUGUUAAAAGCAAGGUCUGAACCCCUUUCCCUCCAGCUAUGGGCUCCUUCUCAGGGUCUGGCCUCGUUCAGGCCCCGAUACACACUAGGGCCACCCUCUGGAGAGAGGCCCUGAUCUGGAAGGACGAAGGCUGUCCGGCACCAGAAGGCCCUGGAAACAUCACUGGGGAAGGAAAAGGAGAAAAUGGUGUGGAUUCUCCAAACAGAUGGCCUGAAUCCAAUUCCUUCCUCUGGGAUUCUACAGCUGCCUAAGCCCUCACCUUGGGCCGGGCGGGGCAGAGAAUCAAAAGGAAUAAAGAGAACUCUCAGUGA